CGUGCAACCACAUACCAGAUCCGAGCCACCGUCGUCAUAGCGUUCCUUGGGUCUCAUGACCGUCCACUACAACAUAUGCGACGUGUUGUUGUUGUAGCUCUUAGCAACGCGGGGAGUCAGUGGUGUGUGUUGAUAUGGGACUGCAUCGUCUGUGAUCUGAAGCUGUGACGGGAAUUACAGUUGGAACAAGGAAAAAACUGUUGAAAAAUGAGGUUCACAGAUCGCCCAAUUCUAAUUGCCGCGAUAAUCGGAAUUUUGGCAUUGCUGUUUUACUUUUCGAAGGAAAUGGCAUUGAUGGAAAAAUCCAUCAGCUUGCUAACUUUAAAAGACUCCAGUCAAGCCAGCGAACUACGCCUGCCGGAGGAAUUCCCUCUCCUCCCAGCCGAGGACCCGGGUCUUCGUGAGUAUGUGAAGCGGAGACUCCUUCGGCCGCCUGCCGUAGGGGACUACAACCUCUCGAAGCCCGACAGGACGCACUUCUCGCAGUAUUCACAGAGUCAGGUGGCCAGUCAACUCCUCCAAGGAUUGGACAAAGGUUUCUUCCUGGAAGCAGGAGCGCUGGACGGAGAGGACAAGAGCAACACCCUGUACUUCGAGAGGGAGCUCUCCUGGACGGGCCUCCUCGUGGAGCCGGACCCUUCGCUGUACCGAACGCUGGUCACGAAGAAGCGGAAAGCCUUCUCCAUCAACGCUGCCUUCUCGCUGUCCAAUGCGUCGGAUAUCGUAAAAUUUGUACCACGUCGGGGACUCGGCCACCUUGACCCUGACAGCAAGAAGGGGAUCCCCGUCAAGACCGUUCCCAUAGCCACGAUAUUGCGAGCUCUUGACGUCACUCAGAUCGACUUCUUUUCCCUGGACAUCGAGGGAGCGGAGCUGAAGGUUCUCGCGACAUUUCCCUGGGACGAGGUCAAGAUUCGACUGAUGUGCAUCGAGGUCAACCACGUGGGGAAAGAACGCGUGAGUUCCUUCAUGGAGAAGCGAGGAUACAUGUACGUCGGCACGUGGCACAUCGACGCGUGGUACGGCUGGAAGGACCUGCUAAAAGAAACCAUCAACGUAGAGGAAUAUCCGAAGAAGUUGACUCCGUAGGGCUUCCAUCUCUCCCGGUCUUGUAUUGUGAGAAGUUUUAGGAAGAUAUUGAAAUAGAAUAUGGCUUUGUAUGGGCUUUUCACAAUCUCGUUCUGUUCAAAAUGUUCAUCUGAUACCAAAACACAAGCGGUUCUCCGUCGUCUUUUCUGCCAGACCCAGCAGCCAACUGCCAUUGUUUGAAGUUACAUCCCAACUCCUACAGCGCUUCUUCCAUUUCCAUUCUACAUGACUUGGUGUCGAUUUUAGGUUUGUUUUAUUUCGUGUUCAUCUAAUACCAUUAGAUCAAUUAUACAAUGCAUUACCUUUUGUAUGUUUUGUAUUUCAUUAAGUGAGGAAAAGUU